CCCUCACAUAUUUUUCUUGUCUUUUUUUUUCCCUUUAAAACACAAGGUUUCAAAUUUCUCUCCUUUUCUCAAAAAGUGAUUUGCUUUCAUGGGCAGUAGCAAAACCAUGAAUUUAAGCACUAUAGUGUUGUACUACUAGCAUCUUUAUCUCUUUCAUUGUUUUUGUAUUACUAGCAAAGCAACCUCAUUUCAGCAGAUUAGUGUACCAAAGCUUUGAAGUUUGCCAUAGUUAUAGUUUCUUGAUAAAUCCCACACCUGCUACUCAGUUGGGUUCUUUUUUGUUUUCCCCAUUUUUACUCUAUCUUCUUCAUUUUUGGGGUUGAUGAAUUUUACUCGCGGCUGAUAAAACAGAGCUUUUGCGGUUGAUGAAUGAUUGAAUUCUACUUGCGGAGUGACAGAAAGAGAGUUACAAUAGAGGAAAAAAAAUGAGACCAUACAUUUGUUUCUUGAUUAUGUUUUUGGCCUCUGGGGUUCUUUGUGUGACUUGUAGUUCUUUCCCUACUAAGGAAGUUUGGGCUCUUACAACAUUUAAGGAAGCUAUAUAUGAAGACCCACACCUGGUUUUGUCAAACUGGAAUGCUUUAGAUGCUGAUCCAUGUGGGUGGUUUGGGAUUACUUGUAAUAAAGAGAGACAACAUGUUAUCAAGAUAAACAUAUCUGGUUCAUCUUUGAAGGGAUUUCUUGCUCCAGAAAUGAGCCAAGUUACCUACUUGCAAGAACUAACUUUACGCAAAAACAAUCUGAUAGGAACAAUUCCAAAAGAAUUUGGCAUGUUGAAAUUCCUUAAAGUCUUGGAUUUGGGGAUGAAUCAACUGACCGGUCCAAUACCUACAGAGCUCGGGAAUUUAACCAGCCUUGUGAAAAUUUGUAUUCACAGAAAUCUUCAGUUAAAUGGUUUGAGUGGGAGCUUGCCUGCGGAGCUUGGCAAUUUAAGGAACCUUUCAGAACUUAUUCUUGAUAGAAAUAAACUUCAAGGACCUGUUCCUGCUGAAAACAAUUCAUCAUUUGUAGCUAAGAUACAUGGAACGAAUGAUUCACGUACAAGCGAAACUGGACUUUGUGGUGCAUCUCAGCUAAAAGUGGUAGAUUUGUCGUACAAUUUUUUGGUUGGAAGCAUACCAAAGUGUUUGGAGUAUCUUCCAAGCUCAAGCUUUCAAGGGAACUGUCUUCAGGAAAAGGAUGCAAAACAGCGUCCCAUCCGACAAUGUGGUCCUCAGCCAUCGAGAAGUCACCAAGCACCGAGCCUUAAGCAUCAUUCUUUUAAAGAUGCUGCAAAGCAUCAGAAAGCUUCGAAACCUGCAUGGCUUUUGGCUCUUGAAAUUGCUACAGGAAUUAUGGCUGGGUCUCUCUUUCUUGUCGCGAUUCUUACUGCUUUCCAAAGAUGCAGAAGCAAGCCUGCAAUUAUAAUCCCUUGGAAGAAAUCAGGGAGUGAAAAGGAACAUUUGAUGGUGUACGUAGAUUCGGAGUUGUUGAAAGACGUUACAAAAUUUGGCAGACAAGAGCUUGAGGUAUCUUGUGAAGACUUCAGCAACAUUAUUGGUUCCUCACCAGACAGUAUUGUCUACAAAGGGACCAUGAGGGGUGGUCCUGAAAUCGCUGUGAUAUCCCUCUGUAUUAAAGAGCAGCACUGGACAGGCUAUCUUGAGCUCUAUUUCCAGAGAGAGGUUGCAGAUUUGGCAAGACUGAAUCAUGAAAAUGUAGGGAAGUUACUUGGUUAUUGUAGAGAGAGCUCACCAUUUACAAGGAUGCUUGUUUUCGAAUAUGCAUCAAAUGGAACGCUUUAUGAGCAUUUGCAUUAUGGUGAAGGAUCCCAGUUAUCAUGGACACGGAGAAUGAGAAUUAUUCUUGGCAUUGCUCGAGGACUCAAGUAUCUUCAUGCUGAACUCGAGCCACCAUUCACUAUAUCAGAGUUAAGCUCCAGUUCUGUGUAUCUUACUGAGGAUUUUUCUCCCAAGUUGGUUGAUUUUGAAAGUUGGAAGAUGAUUCUUACUAGAUCCGAAAAGAACUCUGGAUCUAUCGGCAACAAUGGCCCUGCUUGUCUACUCCCGAAUUCUUUGGAAAGACGCCAUCUCGAUAUCCAAGGAAAUAUUCAUUCUUUUGGCAUACUUCUACUUGAAAUAGUUAGUGGGAAGCCUCCAUACUGCAAGGACAAAGGCUGCUUGAUUGACUGGGCCAGGGAUUAUCUUGAACUACCAGAGGUCAUGUCUUAUAUUGUGGAUCCAGAGCUGAAACACUUCAGUUAUGAUGACCUCAAAGUCAUCUGUGAAGUAAUAAGCCUUUGCACUCAUACGGACUCUUCGAAACGGCCAUCGAUGAAGGAAAUAAGCCUAAUGUUGGAGAGCAAAAUCGACACAUCUGUAGCAAUUGAGCUCAAGUCAUCUUCUUUAGCGUGGGCUGAACUUGCUCUUUCCUCAUGAGUGCAUUCAUUUGAACUUUUCUUAACGGCCAUCGGUGAAGGCAAAAAAAGUUAAAUGUUGGAGAGUAGAAACGACACAUCUAAGAUUGGUUAAGUUAAUGGCAUCUACUCUAGGUUGGGCAGAACAUGCUGUUUCAUCGUGAUUGAGCUGAAUCGAGAUCUAGAAAGCUAACACACAUUUGUAACAUCGGGACACACAUAGUUUUACACUUUUUGUCUAUUGUUCAACCAUUUUGAUCUCUGUAAAUGCUGCUUGCCAAAAUGGAACAUUUGGUAGCAUUUCGUUUAUAUGCUGAUGCCCACUUCUAUUGUAUAUCUCUAGAUUUGGGUGCUCAGAAAGUUCUCUUAUAUCACAAUAUAGACAACCUAGCCAUGUUUUUUAUCCUCUGGAUCCUGUGUAAUCAGUUUUUAAUAUAUAAAUUAUUCUCAUUUUGCUUCGACUA